AUUACUAUGUAGUUGUAUAUGUAACCUAACAUUAAUAAAUGCUGUAAAAUUAUUGUUCAUUGUUAGUUCAUGAUACCUAAUGCACUAGUGUAACUAAUGUAAACAUUAAAACUUAUUGUAAAGUAUUAUAGUAACGUAGAUCUUGCACUGUUGUGUAUGAAUCUAAAAGUUAUUCAUGAAGAGAUCCCCUUCAGUCAUUAAAGCUCUUUGGAUUAGUCAUGCAAGGCCCAUGGUGUACUCAACAGCUUUAGUGCAGUGUGGAAGGAGAGAAAUGAACUGCACAGAUUUUAACCUUGAUUAUUAAGCAGAGGGUGGAGGUACACGCAGAGAGAGAGAGAGAUUUAAAGAGAGAAGCAAACCAGAGAAAGAAAGGGAAUAAGGUGAGAGGGGCACACUUCAAAACAAAUUGGUGGAUGAUUUCAGUUCUUUGUGUCUUUCAGCUGACCUUCCAUCCUUUCUUUCAUCUCAUCGAAAAUGUCUUCAGGGGUCCCACCUCUAUGCUAUAAAAAUGAAGAACGGGUGAGAAAAUCGAUUUAUUGCAAAAUGGAAAGAGAUUCUGUGACUUGCCCUCAGAAAUCUGAAUUCCAGAAUGAAUGCAGUAGUAAAGAAGAAACAUCCCACUUCACUGAUGAUAGGGAAACAGCAGUCACAAAAGAUCAUACAGAGAAAGAUAAAGACAUGGCCACAGACCCCCAAGACAUGAAAAACAAGGACAAAGAAGCUAUUAGUGGUACAGCAGUUGACAGCAGUUUUCCACCUCAACCUCACAAUCAUCCCACCUCCUCACCAGCGGAUGGAGCCAUUGAGGCAACAGAGGAAGUCUUGAGCAGUACAGUACAGGACCCGAAUGGUGAUCAAGAGUGGCCACUAGUGCCAGGACUGGAAGAAGAUAUCCAACCAGAGAGGAAUGAGUGUCAGGCCAUUGAGAUUCAGGAUGAGGUGAAGGAAAACACUGAAACCAGUGAAGAUGUUCAGACAACUGAGGUUACCAUGACACAGGCAGACAAAGCCUCACCACAAAUACCAAAGGAAGCCUGUGAAGAAGAGGGACAUGAGCUUGAGUCACAUGGUGACUCUGACUCAAUAGUGUUCCUAUCAGAAAACAGUGAAGAGCAAAAUAUAAACUGCAAACCUGUGGACUUUGCCACCACCAGCGAGCAGUGGGUGAGACGGGACAGUCGUUGUGAUGAACCAUCAAACAUGACGUAUUCCAAGAGCUCUUCAAAAAGUCUUCUCACUGAGAUCAAACCUUCAUCAAGCACCCAAAGUGAAUCCACAACUGAACCUGUGGUUAAUGCCGAGAACAUCCAGCAGGGGGAGCCUGAGGUAAACAACUCAAGCGGUCUGAAUGAGAAUGAGGAGGUGCAACAGGUGUGUGGUGCUGCUCCACCCUUAGAAACCGUUGCAGGCGAGCCAACCAAUCCAGAGGAAGGUAACUCAGCUUGUAUCUCUACUGAAGUAAAAGAGCCACUGGUAAUGCCACAGGGGAGGAGGGAGAGUAAAAGGGAGGAGAGAGAGAGCAGUGAAACAGAUGAAGAGCGAAAGCAAACAGUGUGUUUCACAGAAACAGGUGGGACCGAAGGAAAGCAGCUGGGGGAGGUUAAAGAUCAAAGACAGGAACGGGAAACCAACGGGCAGAGAGCAGAGUCCCAGUCAAACACAAAGCCUCGUCUGGGAGAAGGGAAAGUCAACAGAAUGCAGGUGGAUCAUUUUGAUGACAGCCAGAGCGAUAGUGGCGUAUCAGCUGAUUUCUCCCCCAACAGCACAACAGAUGUCUUGGAGGGCCAUGAUAAUGAUGCUCCUCAGCCCUCUGAAUCUCCACCUAACGAAACUCCCAUUGAGAGGGAGAUCCGUUUGUCCAUGAAGAGAGAGCAGAGUUUAAGGCGUUCCCGAGGACUGUGCGACACCAUUGACAGGACUAAUGAAUUUGUGGAUAUUCCGGUGAGAAAGCCUAUUCUAUCCCAGGACCCUCAGAUAAGACCCAACCCAAGCCACGGCAAAGACCGGCAGUUUGCUGGAAAGAAGAUGCAGAGGGAAAUUAGUGUCGAGACAGAGAGGGAGAAGGUUCUGGUUGAACUGGGCCGACUACCUGGGUUCUAUGACAAGGGAACAGAGGUACAGCUUCAAGACAAAAAGCACCUUUUUGAGUCAUUCCAAGAGCCGAAGGAAUCGGUGGCAACCAUUAGCAGAAGAUCUGCCACCGUAGAGUCUGCUGUUGGAAUACAGGAAGUUGAUUCUACUGUUGAUGUUAAACAACGCCUAAUGCAAUUCUCACAAAAUUCUCCCACCCCAUCCGUUACAGCCCAGUAUGGAGCCACCAACAGCAAUCAACCUUCUGCUCGAGGACCUGGUCUAACUGAAGGAAUCAAGGGCCAGAUAAUCAUCAUAGAGGCCAAUGCUAUUCCCACAACUGUGGGAGGACCAAAUGGAGGUUAUAAGACAACCUCAUGCACAGAUGGAGGAUCUGUGAGGCCGAUGAAUUCAACGGGUGCGAGGGCUUCUUCUGCCGAGCCUGUCAGAGCAAGACAAGGCCCAAAUUUAGAAGUGACUGAAGAUGAAGACUCGAGUUUAGUGAAGGAGAACCCUUUCUUCAAGCUCCGCUCUUCUAUGAGUUUGCAGUCUCAGGUGGAGCUGGAUAUUAAGGAGGCAAAGGAGAGGGAACGAGAACUGCAGAGACAGAGAAACAGUCUUUAUGGAGGAGCAGCCAUGCAUACAGAAGGAAGAGGAACAGGAAUGGAUUUGAGGACAGAAAUUAGAGUGAGAGAGUUAAGGGGAACGUCUAACCAAGAGAUUCCCCCACCUAAACAGACUCCAGCAGGCCGCCAAUCAGAGACGUUCACCACCACCACGUCAGUGCGUCAAUCCACUGGAAAAUUGGACUUAACGUGGCCACCGCCCCAAGCUGAUGAAGAACAAAGACAACUGUCAGGGAACAAAUGAAUGAUGACCAGGGGCUGUCAGACUCCAAAUAUGACCAAAAAAAAAACAGUAAAGAUCCCGAGGCAGAAAAAUCCAUUACUCGAGCGCUGGGAGUCAGGGAUGGUGAACGGCCAUGUGGACGAUGACGACUGAGACUGAAAACCAACUACAGCAUCCUGACAUAUACAAUAUGGAGCAAGUGUACCAACUUAAAAUAAAGCGUAUAAACAAAUGAUCAGUUUUCCCAGAAACCCCUCUGAUCAGUUAAAGGAAACCAGUUCGAGUGCCACGUGCCAUUAUGGAUGGAUAAAGAGCAUCAAUUGCCUCAAAAAGACACUGCGAGUUGGUUAUCCAAUCUGAUAUUCCAUAACACACACUGUGUAAAUACUAAAUGAGCCAAACUGGUGUUAAUGGUAGUAGGUAUGGCAGUUGUUAUUGUUUUUACAUGAGCUCAAAUGAUUUCAGUGUAAUGAUUAUGUAAUUUUGAAUGUAAUUUUCUGAUUUAGUUAUACAAAUAUUUAUAAUCAGUUAACAGCUGCUCAUAGUAACAAAACAGUCUAAAAGCCUGGAAUUCUGUAAGAUUACAUAAGAAUUAUAUUUAAAUAAACAUUAUUUGAUAGAUAUUUAAUUACUCAUUAGAAAAGCUAAAAUUACACUGGGAAAAGGCUUUAUUGAUGAAUGAUAAAAUAAAUAAAAAUGUGUAAAUCAGCCUUUUUGGUUAUUUGCGAAUGCAGGGAAUAAUUGCUGAAUGUGACUCAUUGUUAGUAUUGUGAUAGAGGUUUGGCCCUUGGAGUCCGAAACUAGAUAACUCACUUCACAAUAGGCACAAUGACCAGGAUGUAAUGCAUACGCCAUAUUUAAGGCUUUGAUUUUCGAAAUAACAAUUAAAGAGGGCGACGUUCUAGCAUUCCAUUCAGCUUCCAUGCAAAAGCCCUUUGCUUGUUCAGUGACAUCACAGUCCAUUCUAAGCUUCUGCACACUCAGCCAGUGCUGUGAGGUAUGAACACCCGACUGCCGUGACUCAACACGCCAGUGGGCAUUCAAAUUCGUCACCAUGGUGAUGAUGGUACUGUAGGAAAGGUACAAAGAAAACGUCUGAGCCGAGCGAGAUUAGUCAUGAGUGAGAUCACACACACACACACACACACACACACACACACACACACACACAGCAUGCUUUACUGACCCUCUAGUUGCCUGUGAAUUAUUCAUUCACUUUUUCUCAGCACAAUUAGCUAAGGCUGCAUUAGAAUGCUCAUUUCAAAUAUGGCAGCAGCUCAUCGAUACCACUGGAAAAAAGCUGCCCAUUGCUUUCAGUCUUCAACGGGGUUAAUCCAGAUGACCUUUAAGAGCAAUACACAAUAGUAUUCUUUGUGACAAAGUAUUCUGAGGAAAACAAAACUAUAUGAUUAGUGACGCAUGGGUAGUUUCAAGCAAAACGUACUGUAUAAUUGGUAUUUGUUUUA